CCGGAACUCGGAACAUUUUGAUGUUUUCUUGGCCGACGCUCAAGUGGUAGUUUACCUUUAAUUUAUGUUAUAAAACACAGAUUUUUUAUUUAUUUAUAAUGAUUUAUUAUUAGUUAUAUUUCCCAUGUAUAUUCUGGGUAACCCAUGACUGAAUAUGAGUAAUGAAUUAUUAACUACUCCUCAUCCGCUUUCGAUAAUAGGUAAUCUAAGCACACAAACAUGGUGCCCAUCACUAUCACGAAAAAUUUGGAGAGAUGUCGCCAUGACGUCAUUUGCGUGUUUAUUAUAGUUGCAGUAAAUUAGGGGUAAAUGUAAAGGACAAAUCCCACUAUUUUUAUCGAUGGCCGCGACUAAUGCCCUAAAUCGAUCCCUAUGCUAACCUGAACACUAAAUAUCCUAUCCCUAACCUGAACCCUAAAUCGAUCCCUAUGCCUAACCUGAACCCUAAAUCGAUCCCUAUGAUGCCUAACCUGAACCCUAAAUCGAUCCCUAUGCCGAACCUGAACCAUAAAUCGAUCCCUAUGCCUAACCUGAACCCUAAAUCGAUCCCUAUUCCUAUGCCUAACCUAAAUUCACUGCAACUAUAAUAUAAACAAGCAAAUGACGCGGUGGCAUUUGUGCUUUACAUUAGCCAAUUAGGGUUCAGGUUAGGUUGAGGAAUACAUUUAGGGUUCAGGUUAGAUUUAGGGAUAGAAUGAUUGGCUGAUUUAGUUUAGGUUUAGUGACAGAAUUAACUGGUCGUGUCAAUCAAGAUGGCAGCCAUGUGGCAACAUCUCUCCAAAUUUUACCAAAUUACAUAGCCUAAAAAUGUGACCUCUCACAUUUUCGUUUUUGAAACUUUCUUUUGGUCUAAACUCAUGACAUGAAUUUUGGAUAUGUUAUAAAUGAACUGGCACUCCUCAGAAUGGCAGUCCCAAAUUAAAAAUUGAGUACUGUUUAUAAGUAUAAAAAAGUGUCCGAUUACCAGCUCUAUAAUUAUUAUAGCCACCAUCUCUCUUGCAUUUUCUUCAUUUUUCUUCUUCUUUAAAAAAAAAAACAACAAUUUUCUUUAGGAGAAGAUGAUGACGAUGAAAAGGCUGAUGAAGUUGAAGAUCACUAUCUUCAUUUAAAAAAAAGAAUUAAUUUAGAGAAUUUUUAUUACACUUAAACAAAUAAUUUAACCAAUUUUCGGCGGCUAUUAUGCUGGUAGCCGGACACUUUCAAACGAGUAGUAUUCUAUUUUUGAUUUGGGACCACUUUUCUGAGGAGUGCCAAUGAACCUAUAAAAUUAAAAGUUAUUGAUCAGCAUUUAACUUCAAUUUACAAAGCUUUAACCUCGAAAAAACCCACAAAAAAACAAAUGAAUUCUCAUUAGAACAAUCAAUAUGUCAGCUUUAAGUAAUGGGCAGAUGUAGAAUUUAAUAUUCUGCUAAAAAUUGACUAUAAAAGCCAAAACGUUACACUAAAUUGGUAAAUUGCCAUAUUGACAAUGAAAUUACAAUACCUGUUUUUCACAUGAUUCCGGUUGAUACCAAAGUCGCCUAACUAGUCUAGCAACAGGCAGAAAGAGGAAUGUGCGGAUAUUAUUUCUUUUACGGUAUUUACGAAUUUCCUAUUUUAGCAUGUAAACUUGCGUAUAUUUUUACCAAAUGAGCUCCAGGUAGAAAUGGUUAACUAACACUAAAUCUAAAUUGUACAUUGCUAAAUUUUCUUUUUAUUUGAAUCAAAUCUUUGAGCUCUCUCCAGUGAGACUCAACUUUCUUUUUCACCCUAUAUGCCUAUAUAUUUUCUAGAUUUUUUCACCAAUAAGGUUGUAUGCUAAAUGAAAUUUUGAAACUGAAGACACUUUAUCAAAUAAAAAUAAAAGUUAGUCCUGUACAAUUUAGUGUUACUUACAUGUAUGGAGCUAAUUUAAUAAAGAAUAAACAAGUCAUGAUAAGUUUAUAUGCGAAAAUAUGUAAUUUGUUAUGAAAUAAUAUAUGCACCCAAACUGCCCAUUUACUAUUUUGUAUUUUUUUACUAAAAAAAGGCAUCUAGCUUGAACGCAGUCCCUCAUACUAGUCAUACCUACAUUAUUAAUUAUAAGAAGUAGUCUAAUAAAUAAAAAUGAAAUUAGGUCUAUGGUCUAUACCUUCAUUAAUGUGAUCAUAGUAUACAAUACUAUACUAAUACUAUUACCCUCGUAUGAAAAAUUGUAAACGUAAGAAAAUUUUUAAAGGUUAUAACUUAUUAUAGAUGUUUUCAAUAGUUUAACGGCUUUCAUUUGGUACAUUUUUAAAGAUAUGAUAUAAUAUUCAAGACCAAUUAUAAUUAAAUUUCAUACAGUUUAAUCAACCUGUUAAAAUUAAAUUGAAAUAGGGUUCCUAGAAAAAAAGAAAAAAAAAACGGAAAGACUCACAAUUAGUUGAAUUAAAUGAUUAGUGACAACGGCAUUGAAAAACUGUGUGUGGCUGAAUUAAAUAUAGUUCGCAUUUUCCCAAAUUCAGUUGCUGUUUCCUUAAUUAUUAGCAUAUUUUAUUAGUAAUUAGUAAUAUACCAUUCUGUCUUUUGUAGAUGAAUAAAUUUUCGGUAAAUUUAUACUAUUUGAUUCCCGCUAUGUGUGUGCACUGCUUUUUUUCCUGAAUUUGGAGAUAUUUGAGAAAGUCCCAUUCUUAUUCAGUAAUAAACUUAACAACGGUCAAGGGCGUCAUCACUUGGGUGGGGGUACCUUGAACCUUGUGAAAACAGAACAUAAAAAAGAUUUUUAUUAUAAACAAAACAGAGACGUUUGCAGUUAUUUAAAAAGACAAUAUAUACAGAAAAUGGACAUAGCUUAUUUUUCAUGAUUUUCUUUUCUGAAGUGAAUGCAGCUAGAUCAUAAGCCACUUAGUUUAGAGAAGGGUUUCUCAAAACAUAAUACAAUAAUUAAUAUGAAGAACAAUAUAAAGUUAUAACUAUUUCAAUUGGAAGAAUGGGCCUGCUUUUGGCUAAUGAAAUGGUCAAUGUCUGGUUCUAUAUUUGUUUCUGCUACCCGGGUACCGGUAACGGAGUGUGUCACCGAGUCCUAUCUGCACCACCCUAUUGACCCCUCCGUAUAGACGCAAUACAUAUUAUUAUUGAUAUUUUGAAACGAAAAUAGCAAAAAUUAAUAAAGAAAGAGGUUAAAACCUGAAAUUUUCUUCAUAUGUGGUCACAAGGAAGAAAAUUUCAAACAUAUACGGUAUAAAUGACAUACCGGUACUUUAAAGAAUUUUACAGCUACCAUCACUAGCUACUUAAGGCCUGGUUCUUAUCUCCAGAUGCCAACACAUUUUGGAGCUCUGUUUAAGCCAUUAGACUAGGCCACAGAUUCCCAUUUUGAGUACGGUAGCAAAGUCCCUUGUGACCACGUUUUAUAUUAUUAAAGCAAAUUGACACAGGACCCACAUUUUUAAUAGAAUUGAAGAACCGUCCAUUACUUCUUAUUCAGGAGGAUUAAAAUAAAAUUGAAAUUUUUGUGUUACUCUCUCUAAUCUUUGCCCCUUUUUCAGUUGUACUGAUUUCAGAUAAUCAAUUAAUUUUGGAAGUAAUAAUGGCAUCAAGUAAUAAUGAUAAUGAAACAGAUGCUCAAGGAGAGGCCCCAUCACUUGCUGUCAGAUCUUCACCAGGCAGUUCAGCACCUAACAGUAACAGCUCAAUUCAAAAUGUAAAAGGCAUAAAAAAUAACCAUAGAUAUGAUGAAUAUGUAGCAUUUAUGCCUCCCCCCUUGAAUAAAGACAAUAUUGACAUUCUAAUUAUCUGUGCUCAAAACGAUGAAGACUCUGCAUUAAUUUUGAAAAAAGAUAUAGAGAAAUUAAAGAAAUAUUACAGAGUAGAGAUUAUAGAUAGCGAAUUGACGCAGCCUGACAUACUGGAAGAGUUUUUUAAACGUUCCAUGUUUUACUUUUUGUUUGUUACAGAAGAAUUUAGCAUACAUGGUAAAGCUCUUUUUAAGGCCCAUACAUUUUUGAAUGAAACCCUUGAGGAUAAGGAUAAGAAUUGGAGUAUUAUUCCUGUCUAUCCCUGUUCAAACAAAGAUAAAAAAUAUCUAAAUAUCAAUUAUCGAGGUUUGACGCCUAUUAGAUAUUUUGAGUCUAAGGAUAAAUUCUCACUUUCAAUCAAUAAUCUUUUUGAACACUGGACGAACAAACUUAUUAUAAAAGAUCGUCAGUUACAAUUGGACAGGGAAAGAUAUUUUGAUGAACAUGAAACAGAACUCAUAGAUUUAAAAAAAUAUUACUUACUAAAAGAAACAUUGUUAAAUGAACAGUCAGUAGAAGAAUCUGAAAGUUUAUUUGUAAAGGAUAAACCACAUGAUCCACCAAUAGAGGAAAAUGCACAGCGCACUCUAUGUGAUACAUUAGCAAAGCAAAAGCUUGAUGACAUUGGUGAUAACGUUUCAAAUGCUGAUGCUGCAACACCAGCUACAUUUAAAAAUCCAGUAGAUAAACGUCAAACAGCUGGUACAGAGAUUUACUUUGGUGAUGACACAGAGGUAGAUGGGCCGCCAACAUAUCCUGCAAGUUAGUAAAACUUUUGUUUUCUUUGUUAUCUUUAUAACUAUACUAUAACUUAUCCUUUGUUUUUAUGUCAAAGAAAAAAUAUACUUGUAUAAAAUUAUUGUUUAUAUACUUAUACUCAACAGUGUCAUUAACCCUGCAAAUAGCGUAAACCACUGGUCCACAAACAUUUUUCAUGCUCUGCACACCCUAGACCAUAAGUUACUUUAAGUAACGUAUUAAGUAAUAACAUCAGCAAUUAUAUAGUUUAUACCGGUACUAAAUAACAUAAUACCAGUAUGGUAAACAUUCAUAAUACUCACAAAAAAAUAACAAAAUCAUUCAUAAAUUAGCUUGAAUAUCAAAAUAAUAAAAUAUUAGCAAAAAAAUUAUGUACGGUACACAUUCAAAUAAAAAUAUAACUGUAACAUAAAAAUAAAUAUAUAUCUAUAUAUAGCUAUUUUAUAUUUGGUUCAAAAUAUACUGUGCUAAAAGAGCAACUUGGGGUUCACAAUCAGCCUUUCAAGUAGAGUAAAACACACAAAAAAAACCGAUCAAAUCCAGGAUGGGGAACUUUAAUUUCAUCAUCCAGUCAUUCCAGAAAUUAUUUUGAACACGAAAGGGAGAGUUGUUAAGAAGUAUUUUUUUUCUCAUGAAAUGCAGAUGCCAUUGUAUCCCUUCAUAUUAACUGUGUAAAAUUACUGGUACUUCUUUUUUGUCUUGUUUGUUGAUGAAGCCACUAAGCUGAAAUGUCCACAUCUUUUGUCCUGUCUAUGAAUUCAAGUUUAGCAUACCUUGUUCUUAUAUUUUAUUUGCCAGAUUUACACAUACUCAGAAUUCUGUGAUAUUAAACUGGGUCAUUUUGGGAUUGCUAAACAUAGCCCUUCAUAUUAACACACUACCCAGUACAGGGUAUAAUAGUACUUUUGCCCCUUGUAAUAUCAUCUGUGGAUUUCAUCCUACUGUAGCCAUUUUGACGCUCCCCCAUCUGGCAUCAUCUUGCGGCAUACUGGUAAACUUCCAGUGCAUUUGAUAAUGUAGCAUCAAAGCUAUUUUCAGCUGACUUGUUGGGCUGGCUGAUCUAGUUUCUGAUCAGAGCACUUGCUCAAUAGCUGAAAUAUAACAGCAGGCUACAAAAUUUUAAGAAAUAAAUAAAUAAAUAAAGAACAAAAAAUUAAUUAUAAAUUUAUAUGCAUAUGCAUGAGAGUUUCUUGCAGUGUGUUUCAGAGAGACUGCCUCACCAAUAUUUCUUUAAAAUUUUCAUCAUAUAAAUAACAAAAAAGUUGAAAGUUAAAUGCUUAAAAUAAGUUUCAAGGUGAAAAUAAUUACAAUUUGUUUAAAGACCACAGAGAAAAAGUCUACAAAGAUGGAGACGGAAUAUUCCCAUUGUUCAAAAUUAUGAAUCCAGCAAUAUUAGACAGGCCGUCAUCCGGAAUCAUCGAGACAAAACAAAAAGAUGCCAUCCAGGGUAAAGUGAUAACUAAAUAAUAUGUAAUACUACGUAACGGUAUUGAUUACCCUACUAAUGAUUUUUUUCCCUAUCUCGGUGAGAUAAAAUUAUGAUGUCAUGUUUUCUUAAUUGAUUCUUGUAGACAAUGAAUAAAUUAACUGAUGAAUAAAUGAACUUUACAUGUUUUAAAGUUGUUUGUAAUUAUAACAAAACAUUGUCUUCAGAGAAAGAAUUAAUUGGAGUGUUUUGGGAUUUACAAAAUUGUCCUGUGCCCAGAAAUAAAUCUGCAGCAGAUAUAAUCGAGCGCAUAAGGGCAAAGUACAUUUUAGUGGACGCAAACAAUGUAGAAAAAUGUUUCUAUUGCAUAACGGAUGUUACUAAAGAGCAUAAAAAGACAAGAGAGGCUAUUACCAGUUGUGGGGUAUGUACCGGUUAUAAGUUCCUAAUGUACUUACAUUAUUAAAAGAUAAUUUUUUUCCUAAUAACAUCUUAAGAUGUAUCACUGAUUAAGAAAAAUAAAUAGGUUUCUGUAAGAUUUCUGUCUCAUUUACUAAUAACUAAUUGAAUGUAUGCUAAAUUAAAAUUUGUAAGCAUUUAGGCCAGGGUUGCGCAGAGGCUGAGGCAACUGAGUGAAAAACUGAGGGGCCUGUCUGAAAGUGGGCCCUCAAGGGCAUAUUUUUAUCCUCAUCCAUACACAACUGUGUAUCAGUACUGUUUUUUUAUUUCAGCUUGUAAAUUUUUUUUUGCAUGUACCGGUACGUGUGUCGACCAAAUAUUUCUCAAUCAUGAUUGAUGCUACACCCAAUAUAUAAUAAUUGAAAAUUGAGAGUUUUCCCAUAGAGGAGAGAUUUUGUCAUUUUUGCAGCAUGUUCAACAAAAGGUUAAUCUGAUGUGGUUGAAUCGGCCCUUGAGACUCUUGAAGUACCGGUAUUAAAAGUUCCACUUCUGGAUAGCUUAGGUCAGGGAUAUGACCAUGAUGCAAAGAUGGUUGGAAAGUAUGAAAGACUUGGCUGUCUUCUCACCAUGUGGACGUCACUCAUUGGAUUUAUGUGGAUUUAUUUUUUGUAGUAGCUCAAAGUGUACACUAUAUUUUCAGCAAGUCCACAGUGCUGGAAUAUACUAUAUAAAAUGAUUAAUGGUAAUUCUAUUCAUGUACUUUCUGGGACUCACUUGACUGAAAUACCUGAUAAUGUUCUACCUUGCUACAAUCAUUUGCCUGGAAUUGAACCCCUGAAGGAAGUUUUUCAUCUUAAUCUAAGACCAAAGACAUACAUUUGUAAAGGGAGCUAUUUAAUAUAUUACAUCCUUCAUACGUAUCAUCAUGGCAACAGGUUGGGAUGAAAGUACAAACCCUGAUUGACUACUGCAAACAGUAUCUUCAAGCCUGAAGACUACUAUUGACAUUGAAAUGAAAAUAAUGAAUUAAUUCAUUGAUUUGUGCACUGAAACUUUUUUUGCAAAUGAGUUGACCUUCUAGAACAGGUCAAAUUUUCAGAAAAAUCAGCGAACUUUAGUCCUGAAUUUACAUGAAUUGAGAAGGAAUGAUCACAAAUAUUUCCGGGUGUCAUCAGGUUGAGGAUAUUCUGUGUGAUUCCUGUAUGACCUCUGAACAAGAUGAAAUCAAUUUCAUAAUAAACAUUUUUUUCCCUAUUAUUGAUUCUUCUAUAGCUGAAGUCACAGCUCAUUUCACAGCAAUUCAAGAGAUUGCAGUUAUGUUCAGCUACUUGUGAAAUUAUUUCCUCAUUUCAGAACCGGAAAUUAGAACUUCUUGCACUGUCUUUUCCAGAAUAUGCUCUAAAACUAUGUUUCUAAACUGACCUGGUGGAAGAAAGCUUGCAUAAGAAACAAUUAAUCCUGCAAACUUUGCAGCAGCAUCUUUUUCCAGAAUUUAAGCUUUGUAAAUUUUGGGAAAACGUGAUCAUUGCAAUAUGUUUUUGCGGCUCUUCAAUUCCAGUAACUUUUGCCACAGCAGAGCGGUUAUUUCAUAAGCUCCAAUUGAUUUAUUCUUUAAUGCACAAAUCAUGGUUAAAGAAAAAUUCAUUGAUCUGGCCAUAUGAAGUAUUGAUUCUCUUUUGGCAAGAUAGCUUAAUUUUUCAAAUAUCAUUGAUGAAUUUUCCCAAAAGAAAGUAAGAAGAGCUUAAUUUUUCAAAUAUCAUUGAUGAAUUUGCCCAAAAGAAAGUAAGAAGAUUACUCUAAUGAAGUAACUUUUGUCUCAAAUUCACCAAAAUUUUGAUACACGUACUUUGAAAUUUGUGGGUCCUCAAACUUUGGAUUUGUUUGGGGCACAAAAUUCAUCUGCACUGACCUGAUUAAACCAUUCAGUCAUAAGUCUGGAUUGUUACUAAUGGUAAAUCAAGCACACACACAUCAAAAGAAAAAAAAGGACCACUCAAAAUAUUUUCAACUUUCACUCGCUAAACAGAUUGUGUUUAUCUUUUGCUUCCAAGUUUUGCUGUGCAUAAGUAUUGUUUUUCUAUUCAAACAGUUAUUUAUUUUUAAUCCACGCACCACAUUACCCCUCAAUUUAGGUUGACUUGCUACACAUGUGUUCAGACAAAAAAAAUGCAUCCGAUAUUAUAAUAGACGCUAAGAUGAGAGAAUUUUACGAAAACUUCGGAGCUGCAAGAGCAAAAGUUAUUCUUAUAAGCAGUAAGAAUUUAAUUUUAACAAAUAAUUUUUUUUUUUUUUUGCUUAAGGGGUGUAUUGAAUUAUGAUAAUAAGGGUUAUUAUUACCCAAUACUUUCUUGAUGGCAUUUUUUGACUUGAAUUUUUAUUUUAAGUUUUAAUAAUAUUAAAUUAUUUUGAAUUUUUAAAUCUUAUAAGCAGUAAGAAUUUAAUUUUAACAAAUAAUUUUUUUUUUUUUUUGCUUAAGGGGUGUAUUGAAUUAUGAUAAUAAGGGUUAUUAUUACCCAAUACUUUCUUGAUGGCAUUGUUUGACUUGAAUUUUUAUUUUAAGUUUUAAUAAUAUUAAAUUCUUUUGAAUUUUUAAAAUCUUAUUUUCUCUUACACUUUUAAGUCACAGCAUGCCAAUAAACCCCAAAAUAAAUAACUCAAAAUAUUUUUAAAGCCAUUCCAAUAGCCAAAAAGAAUAUAUUAAAAUAAGUUUCCAUAUUUUUUUUUUUAGAAUUGAAAAUUAUAUAAUAGAGCCAAACACAAUAAAUAUUUACAGGUGAUGUAGACUUCAGCCAAACAUUAGCUUAUCUGAAAAAGAGGAGAUGCCAUGUCAUCCUUUUACACAGAGUUAACAUCAAACCAGAGUUACUGCAUUCAGUGAAUGAAAGUUGCAGUUAUGAAGACCUAAUUAAAGAACUUCCGGAUAAACAUGAAAUAUUAGUAAGUUCUAAGUCCUAAUUAUUUUUUACUUUUUUUUAGAAUGCGCAAAACAGCUUAAGGAUUUUUAAUACCCCCGUUUGGUUCCAACACUCCUCUGCCUCCUCCUAACCCAUUUACUGCUUGUGAUAGUGAGCCGGCUAUAAUAAUAUUAGCGGGAAAUAUGCUUAAUGAAUAUUGAUUCUUAUAUUUUUUUUAAACCAGGUUUUCCUAAAUUAUAAAUCUCAAGUUACUUGGAAGGUUUUUAAAUUUGUUAAUUAAUUCUUAUAUCAAUUAAUUUUAUUUUAUGCUGAUCUGACUUUGAGUUUGAACCACGUUAAAUUUUAUCAGUAACUUUAAUUUGAACCAGUAACAGACUGUGGUAAUGUGUUGUGCACAUUCACUCAAUUUAAAUUAAUAUUGUGGAGAGUUCGGACCACGACGGCGACGGGGAUUGUGGAGAGUUCGGAUCACAACGGCGCCGGGGGCGUCUGACCAGGGAUUACCGGCCGUCUGACCAGGUACAGCCGGCGCCAUCUGACCAGGGAUCACGAUCGACGGAUCAAGCGCCGGGGGCGGUACCGGCCAUCUGACCAGGGCAUUUCCCUGGGACGACUGGUUGGUUGGUAACCUGGCGCAAAAGGGGCGGCGCAAGUACAGACCUGGGAAGGGAACUCUAUGAACCAGGGACUUAUAAAUAGGGACCUCUGGACGGGACGGGUAGACGCGGCCGGACAGAGAAGCAGAUAGCAGGGAGAACUCGGACGGAAUGAUAAGAGGGCAGUCAGAGUUGUGAGAUGAGAGAAAGUAUAAGCGAAGCGUCAGCCUAAUAAAGAGCAAGAUUAUAAUCAUCAAAUGUUAUCGCCUGAGUUGUUCUUUAGUGAAUGCCAGAUAUAGAUGAAGGUUAGCAGAGAGUAAGCAAGGUUUCCUUACAAUAUCUCUACCAAAUACACGUCUGCAAAACAAAGUGGCAGCAGAUAGCAAUAUAAGCGUGAGUCAUGUACUUUUACCUUUUUGAUGUCAGCUUACUUAACUCGAUCCCACUCCACAUGAGUAUUGUAUGUGUGUUUAUUUACUUUUAACAUGCUGUACUGUACGAUUUUGUUACCAAAUUGUACAAUUUUGAGAUGAUGUACGAUUUUUGGAGUUCGAGGGUAAACAGUUCUGCACAAUGUUUAUUAGGAAUCAUCGUUAUAAUAUUGUCAAAUAUUUAAAAAGUGGACUUGCAGACAUGCCAACCCUUCCGAUUUUUUUUGAAUUAUACUGAUUUUUUUACCUUUCAUUCUGACCUUUCCACAAACCCCUUAAAAUUCCUAUUUUUGGAACAUUAUAAUUUUUCACCCGUCAUAAAAAUCCGAAAGCGACAAAAAAAAAGAAAUUGGGUAAGACAGGAAGUGUUGCAUUUGUUUUUUUACAAAAGCAUACAUGUCUGGCGACCAGGCGAAUAAGUGAAUUUUCUCGAGAUAUUCGUCCAGCUAUUAAGUAUUCGACCAAGCCACAUAACUACCGUAACAAAGUUGCUUGAGAUAUUUGUCUGUCAGCCUUGUCAUAUGACCUCUAUUUGUCAAUUAGAGUUUACAGUACUUCAUUUCAACAAAUUCAAGCUAGUCUGGAAAUUUACAUGAAAAAGACAUAUGUUCAAAAGAAAUGCAAAAGAAACACUAGAACCAUUGAUGGUAUAUGUAAUGAACAAUUGGUUAAAAAAGGGACAGUGUUUUUUUAUAAAGAGUUGCAUGUCUGCCAUAUGAAUAUCUCCCACACUAUUUGUCCAGUUGCCGCACGUGUAGACACUGCCUUGUUUUUAUAGAAGCAAACCGCGAUCUUCAAAUCAUUGUUCAAUCAUCAAUUGAUCGGAUUGUGAUUUAUCCUUUUUACACAGCUAAAAAAUAACUCAGACUUUUUUUCUGUUAAAGCUUUUCUUAAUUGGUUAAAUCGAUUGAAAAUGAUGGGCACAAUGAUAUUAAUUAUCUUAUUUUAACCCCCCUAAAAAAAACAUGCAACUGCAGCUAAAAGUAAUCUAUGUUUAAUUUCUUUGCUAAGGAAUCGGACGGAUCAGUUAGCAGAUCAUUUCAUUUACCACCUUUCUUAUUGAAGGAAAUAUUUCUCUAGCCAACUCUGAUCGUUUUAUUGCCAGAGUCAAAGAAAUUUUUCCAGACUUGCAGAAUACUAGAAGAUUGUAAAGAAAAAUUACAAUGAAACAAGGGCAAGAAAGAAAGUUGAUACUUUUUCUAACUUGCUUGUAACUAGUUGCCCAGUGUUAAAUUCUACGAAGGAAACUUAAAAAUAGCCAACACAUAAACAAAAUAAAAUAAAUGGUGGAGUAAAAAUAAAUAAAACACAUAUUUAGGUCCCUAAGUGUCAUCUAGUUAUCAAGAAAAAUAUAAUAGGUGGAGCCAGAAUCACUAUGUGAUUUAAAGUUAAAGUAUUCGCCAAACUAAACAUGACCAAAAAAUAUAAGAAAAACACUUUCAUGAGCGCUGUCAUGACUGACCAAGCCAAGUGACAAUUCUUGUUUAUAUACAGAUUUAUUAUCUGGAUAAGUCAAUAUUCAGGAAGGGGAAGAAAAAACAAUUAGUGUUAGUUCGUAUUAUUGACAUUUUACUGCAUAUCAUUUUGUACUUAAAAACUUUGAGGGGAGAGGGAGAAAUAGUGUUUUCCAGUUAGUUAUUGAAAUGUAUUUAAACAAAUGAUUGAAAUUGUAUAUUUCUGUCCGCUUAUAUGGUACGGGAAAGUAGUUGCGGGAAAGUUCAGUUAGUUAUGGAUCAGUUUUUCCUCCUUUUUUCCUUCCUUUUUAGCACUUUGUUUUCAAUACCGACUUGCCAUACCUGUUGUUAGCAAUCAGAGUUUUUCAUCUCUUAUUUAUCUAAAAUAAGUACUUGAUUAAAUUAUUAAUAUGUCAAGUUCUUUUCAAGAACUGAUAUUUUCUUGCGAUAUUUUUAUGAUCAAUAAAUGAUUGAUUAAAUCUGGUUGUGGGGUUGUUUCUAGUGUGCAUUUUGAUAUAAACAAGCCACAGUUUGAUAGAUCUUAUUUCGGGUUAAUGCAAAAAAAGUAAAUAAGUGUCAUCCAUUUUUUUUCAGUCCGAAAGUGAACCAUUUCUCAUUGUCCAUGGUUACAAACUGUUACCUGGAGAGAAAGCAAAAGAUUUCAAAAAUAUAUUGGAAAAAUUCUUUAGUCCGUGGAAAGGGAAAGUUGUUAAUCAGCGUGGCACAAAGUUUGGUAUCCUGAAGUUUGACAGCCUUGAACUAGCCAAAAGGUAAAACUGUAUUUUAAAGAGUGUUACUUUUUAGAUUAAAGCAAUAAUUUCAUGCUUUUAACAUUGAUGUCACUCAUUUAAGAAAUUAGCUGAAGCAUCAAUAUUAUUUUUGUUGCGUUUCUUAUAUGCUACGCUUUUUUAAUACUGUAACUUUUAAAAGAAUUAACAAUUAAAUAAAUCUGGUAGUAAAAUAAGAGGGAAAUUCAUCAAUUAAAUUGAUAAUGUUGACUAGUUACUCUUAGUAUUUAUCAUCAUUUCAUCUGGAUGCUACUGGUAAUUAUUAAAAUUAUUAUAAUUCAAAAUACCGCUAGGCAAAAAGUCUCUUUAUACACCAGUUACUGAUUUUGUCCACUUUGAUAGUAUUUGUGGUUGUCUGGCUCAUUCACUGUCAAUAGAUCAUGGUUUUAAUAUAUUGUUUAAAAAAAAUUUGGCCUACAUUAUAUUUCACGGAAAAACUUAAUUACAUUUACAGCAGUUUUUCCCAACUUUCGCUUUUUUCGCACUGCCUAUGUCUCGCACCCCUUACAUAUUGUUUGAUUACUAUAAUUUGUAUCUUAUGGAAUCAAAGUACCUUAAUUUAAAUGUUGGCUUUAAUUGGUCAGAGGAUGUAUACUUUUAUUGUUUUUUUAAAUUUUAUCUACCAGUAAAUAAACUGCUUAAUUUGUUAAUUUAUUUCAAAUUCUGGUUUAUAAUAUCUAAGAAAGCCAUUCUAGAAUUUACUGUUUCACAAUAAAUUUUUCUUAUUUUUUCAGUGCUAAGGAGAACACCAAUGGGGAAGACCCCUUUCAAGAAAACACUAAGAUAAUUGUUUGCUUCUUAGAGGGUGCACCAGAUGAAAUUAGAAAAAGUGUUGACAGUAAGUUGAGUUACCUGUAUUACAAAUAGAAUCUCUUCCUAUUCAUAAAGUUUCCAGAAUCUGUCUCUCUGAAUGCUGUCAACAAGGGGCACAUUAUGUUUUAACUCUUUGCUUUAAUUUCAGAUGAAUCAGUGCUGUCAAGCAGCAUUGUGUUAAAAAAUAUAUUAUACUGUUUUAAACUGGAAAUUCAUAACAAAAUAAUGUGCUACUUUCUUAGUUGCUGUACGGAAAUAUAUUAUUUCAUGUCAGUGUUACUUUAGCAUAAUAGGCAUAAUUUAGUCACAUUUGCUGUAUAAUGUGUUUCUAUGUCAUUCCUUGAAGUAUUAGAAGGAAAUUAAAAGAAUGAAGUAAAUAUUUUUGGACAUUCUCAAUUGUAUUUGUUCAUUUUCUUUUUAAUUCUUUAAAGUAAGCUUUUCGCUGGUGUAGGCUUUCAGUAAAUGUAAUAAUAAAAAGUUAUACUCAUUAUUAAAUAGGACCAGAGUAGGGACUUCAUAGUGGCAUCAUAGAGAGGUAAAGAAAGAGGGUUUGUGAGAAUGGACAAUCAGGUGGGGAAAAGAUGAGAGAAUGUAUGAUUGGGGAAAUGUUUGGGAUGAAUUUGCAGGUUUGAGAGAUUAUGGGAUUGGUCUGGAAAAAGGGGGGGGGGGGGGGGGGGGGUAGUCUGCAAAAUGAUGAAUAUAUUUUUUUUUCUGUAAUUAUUUUAUUUCUUAGCUACUUAUUUAACUAACUAUUAAGCAUUGAUUUGCAACUUCCUAUAAAUGAAAAGAAAAAUCACUUUUUGUAUAUGCACUGUAGUUAAGUUAUAGGAAUGUUUUAUCUUAUUUGUACUUAUUACGGUCCGUUGUUUCAGAAACCUGUUUGGAUAGGCUAAUCAGACAGUAACCACUGAUUUUAAUGCCUUUUAUUCAUCAGAAAUAUUGAGCCAAAACCCUGGCAAAAAUAAAACUGGAGGCAUAACUGAGAGUGGUGAUAGGUCUCUCACACCACCAAAUUCUGGUAGGAUAGCUGAAAUUCAGGAUAUGGGGUCAGAUUAGUAGGUAAGUUCUAUUUCAGAUCUGUAAAGUUGAAUGAACAUAAAAAUUAUGGUUUUUUUCUGUGUGAAUGAAAACUAUAAUAUUAACUUUUCAGAGCUUUUUGAGUGCCUUUAGAAAUAGCAUUAAAUGACAUAGAAAUAUUGAUACAAGACCCCAAUAAGUAUAUAUUUUUAGAAAGGUAAAUGAAUAGGGAUAAAGUUGGCUAUAUUGCCCACCCGUAAAAAAAAAAUUUUGUUCAGUGUCCUUGACCUUGGGGUGCUCAAGAAAAAAAUUUGACAAAUUGUCUUGCUUUUAAGUGCUCAUAACAUCAUUAAUUUUUUAUAGAUUCCAUUAAAAUGCUAAUACAAAUGUAGUACCGGUAGCCACUCUAUUUAUCUUUCAGAAAAUGUAUAGUUUGCUUAGGUUUUGAAUACAAUUAAGCCUAUGAAAGCAAUUAUAGUAAUUGUAGGUCAUUUAUUACUGGAAAAAAAUUAACUGGGACCACAGCUAAAAACAAACACAACAUACAAAAUCUCAGGCAAAAAAGUUAUUAUUCACUAGUAAACAUUCAAAAAGGAACUGUGUAACUGAUUUGAGUUGUUUAACUAUAAAAUUUAUUAGUUCUGAUCUAUUAUCUGUAGCUUCUGUGACUAAAAUUCAGUCAGUCCUUGUUCAACCUCCGGGCCUGACUCAAAGUCUAACAGUAGUCUCAGUAGGCCUACUUCAGUAUCACUAAUCGCUAGGACUAAGACUAGUAUCAGAUUCACUAGAAUGAAUUAGAAUCCAAACUGAAAUCGUCAUGGGGAAUGUUAAAAUCAUCAUCAGUAUCACUUAAAUCCUGUCCUUAAAAGCUUUAAAAAAUAUUUCUAUCACUUCUCUUACUGAAGGCCCAGCCAUAGCUUCAGCCAUUUUGGCUUUUAAAAAAUCAGCAGUAUAAAAUUUCCAUUAAAAAGUACUUAUUGUUAAGUUAUCAACAAACAGCUUGACCCGGAAGAUGAUUUAAUUAUUUAUAAAAGGAAGUAGCUAUAAUUCUGGUUUAUUAUUGGAUUGGAAGUUGCUAUCGGACCAUGUUUUUUUAUCAGCCGCCACAGUACAGAACGAAAAUAUUUUUUCGGCCGACCACAGUUUGUGGGUUAAAUAACAUUCACAGAGUUGGGUAGCGGUACGUCCUGUAUUAAUGGCUUGGGCUCAUAACUUACUUCACAGAUAAUAAAAUAUAAAUGUAUAGACAUUAUACAUGCCCAUCUUGAGACACUUCGGGUUAUCAAUUUAACCUGUAGUUAUCAGGGGAGGAAAAGUUGUGUGUGUGUGUGUGGGGGUGGGGGGGUGUCACUUUAACUUCAAGAGUAAUUGGAACUAUUAUAAUUUGUUUAUGAUAUAUGAGUGGAAUAAAGAAAUGUUUUUAUCCUUUCACUUAUAGAUUGAAAUUCUGCUGUUAACAAUUUAUAGCAUUACUUGCUCUACUUCAAAAGCAAUUUAAUGCAAAAUAAUCAAUGAAAAACAGGUUUUCAACAUGAGAGAAGAAGUGACUUUUGCUGAACUUAUCUUGGACAUGAAGGACUGAGUGGGUCACAGAGAUUAACCAGAGGCAGCUGAGAUCAUGAGACUAAUAAAAAAUGUAAAUGUGUAGGAUUUGAGGCUUAUUGGUUCAUUUAAUCUUGAAUAGUGUCUUCUGAUUUGGCUUUGUAACUCCUCGUAAAUGUUUUUAUUUAAUGUAAUGAACAUUUCUCUUUUUGCUCCUGGCUUAAACUGGCAAAAAAAAUACUCUUAUAAAAUUGCAAGUUGAUGUCAGAUGAGGAAAGAACUGAUAUUUUUACUUUGGGUUUGAUAAUUAGCAGACCUGUUUACUCUUACGAUUUUGGCUUACAAUUUACAAUUUUGAGGUGUAUACGUUAUAUAUACUGUAUGUUAAUUUUUUGCUUUUAAGAUAAUGUAUUGAAUGAUUUUGUGAUGAUAUUGUAUGAUUUUAAGAGUUUGAGGGUAAACGGGUCUGAAUUAGGCCUAAAUGUCACAGAUUAAAAUGAGGUGCAAUACUGCAACCAACUAUUUAGGCGGUCGAUAUAUUUGUUGAUCCGAAAAUUUAAGUCAUAUCUAGUUAAAGUGUUUGAAUUCAAAUAUUUGAAACCUUCUUGAUUUAAAUCGACCUUCCAGAUAAUAUAAAUGCCUCUAAUUAUAAUACUAUUAUGAAAUAGUUUUUGCUAAAAAUAUUUAUCAGUGUGCUGAAAAUUAAUAUGAACAGUGUAACUAAAAAAAAUUUCAAUUUAUUUUGAGCAAUUAAAAAGUAUCUUAUUUUAAUUACCGGUAUCAAACAUUGACUACCUGUUACUGGCAUCUUUGUAUACCAGUAUAUACAAAGAAAACAGUAGAUAAUAAUAUAAUUCUUUUCUUAACUGGCAAAAAUAUUAUUUCCCUUUCAUUUAUCAUAGUAAAAAUAGUUGGACUAUAUUUGUCUUUGUAUAGAAUCUAGGGGGAAAUACGAUGGGACCAAAGGCUUACCCCCAGGGCACCAAAACUUGGUAAAUUUGGUUUAUGUAGGGUGGGAGCAUCAUUACAGAGCUGGCGCAAGUUGCCAAUACGUCUACUUGUUGCGUUUAUGGAUACACUUCCCCACAAAACUUUUUUAUAUCUUUAUACAUUACUGUGUGGUAAGAAAUAUUUUUUGUGAGAUUUUUAUUGUAUCUACUUCUGUAUAUUUGUAUUACAGUGUUUGGGUUGCAGUGUUAAAAGUUUAUUAAAUGAAAUUUUUGUUAUAUGGCUUUCUAAUUUGUCAUUCAAGUUGUAAGAAUAUUACAUUAUUUACUAUUUUAGUCUUCUUAGUUAAUUUAAGAAACAUUUUCUAGUAUAAUAUGUAUCUGUGAAGUCUUGUGAAAAGACUUGUUAUUGUUAAAUAUCAGUAAGAAGUAGGCAACAAGUGACCAUUUUUUUAAUUUAUUAACUUUUUUUGUAGGAGGUAGUUAAAUAACCAAUUAUUUCUAAUAUCAAUUAUUUAUAUUAAAAUAAAAUACAAAAUGUUUGCACUGUGACAAAGUUAUUUAAUUUUUGUGUGGAAUCUACUUUUAAAAUGAUUUGAAGAGAGUGUUUUUAAUCUUACAUAGACUGUAAUCUUUGCCAUUUAUAAUUUUAUUCUUUUGUAAUGUUAUUUUAAUUUUAAAUAUGGAAGCAUUGCCUAGGUUAACAUUAAAAAAAAUAGAUUUAGUGUGAAUGUUAUAUUUAAAACCUGCUCUCUCCCUGUGAUUUUAUUUAAUUUAUGUAUAUAUACUGGUAUACA